AUGACCAACGAUUCUCCGGAGGAGGAGACCCGAGCUCCGGGCGGCGGAGGUGGAGGAGGAGGUGGAAGAGGAAUCGCACAAAGAAACCGAGCGGACGAUAAUGUCACCAUCCUGACAUCCUCCAUGGAUUUCCACAGAGCCAGUCGGAGCCGAGCCAGCAGCCACAACGAUGCCGCCCCGAGCUUCACAUCCUCCGUGGAUCUGAGCACCUCCUCCCUGGAGCUGAGCAUCCAGACGCGGAUCUUUAAGAUCAUUGUCAUCGGGGACUCCAACGUGGGGAAGACCUGCCUCACCUUCCGUUUCACCGGAGGAAGCUUCCCCGAUAAGACCGAGGCCACCAUCGGCGUGGAUUUCAGGGAGAAGGUGGUGGAGAUUGAAGGGGAGACCAUAAAGGUGCAGGUAUGGGACACAGCAGGCCAGGAGCGCUUUCGUAAAUCCAUGGUGGAGCACUACUACCGCAAUGUCCAUGCAGUAGUCUUUGUGUAUGACGUCACCAAGAUGGCUUCCUUCCGCAACCUACAGACAUGGAUAGAGGAGUGUAAUGGCCAUCGGGUCUCAGCAUCAGUACCUCGAGUCCUGGUGGGAAACAAGUGUGACCUUGUCGACCAAAUACAGGUGCCCUCCAACAUGGCGCUGAAGUUUGCUGACGCACACAACAUGCUGCUAUUCGAGACGUCAGCCAAGGACCCGAGAGAGAGUCAGAAUGUCGAUUCUAUCUUCAUGUCGCUGGCUUGCCGCCUGAAGGCCCAGAAAUCCCUGCUCUACAGAGACGUGGAGAGAGAGGACGGGAGAGUGCGACUCACGCAACAGACUGAAACAAAGAGUAAUUGUCCUUGUUGAGGAAAAAGGAGAAGUGGGAGGCAUAAUGGAAGGGAAGAGAGAAGAGUAACUCGACAUGUCAAGGAAGAGGAGUAGAUGGAUCAUGGGAGAGUGAGGCUAAAACAAG